AUGAUGCUCAGGCAAGCUGCGAAGAAGGCUCUAGGGCUCACCUCACGUCAAUCAACGCCGUGGUCCGUUGGUGUCUUCCGAUCAUACCACGAGAACGUCAUCGACCACUACGAUAAUCCCCGCAACGUCGGGUCUUUCGAUAAGAACGACCCCACCGUCGGCACGGGUCUCGUCGGAGCUCCCGCGUGCGGCGAUGUCAUGAAGCUUCAGAUCAAGGUCGAUGAGACGACCGGUGAAAUCGUUGAUGCUCGCUUUAAGACCUUUGGUUGUGGCUCCGCCAUCGCUUCUUCAUCUGUCGGUAUGUUCUUCUGA